CAUUUUUACCAUCCCUAUCCGAUACAGCAGGUACGCCCGGUACGCUAGGCUCGAAUGCUCUUAGCAAAAGACAGGAACAGGCAGGAACAGGAAGGCCCGGAGUCCACUCGGCCUGGCACUAGUCACAGGGUCAUCCAAUCCAUCGCAUCGCCCGGUUAUUGUGCUCUGCGUCGCUCUGUCCACAAUAAUGGAUCCUCAGAGUCAGAGCAGUACGGAGUGGUAUACAUAGUCAUCCUCCUCCCCCCCCGUGGCUCCUGCCUCUUUCUCUCUCUUCUCUUUUCCCUCUCCUCUUUCCCUCUCUCGUGCGAUUUCCCCAUUCGACGUCGGUCCUUCGUUCUCGUCGUCCACGCUCUCUUUCACUGACUCACCCGGUUCACUCUUUUGACCGUCUGUCGCAUUGAAGUCAUUCCUUUGCUUCUUGUACUACCCACACUCGCAUCUUGCA